UUCGUCCCCCACCCGCCGCAAUCCACAUCUACGGCCUUGUCAAUGAAUGCCAUUGACUCUUUCCCUGGCCUCCCCAGGUAGCCAAUGCUGCUUCCUCGCCAACACGUCACGCAUUGCCUGCAUUUCGCCCGCUCACAGCUUGGAGCCCGGCUGACUAUGGAUAGCACUUGCCUGUCUCAAUUUCACCCUGUCCAAUCAGAUGUCGUAGCAGACGGACAUGUCUUGCCUGGUUGGAAAUCACAGUCCAAUGCAACAACUCAAGCUGGCAUUCAAGCGCUAUUCCCUGAGCCCCGCCAUGCUAUUCCUCUCGAUUUGAGACGGCUCUCAAGCAUCCCCACUCCCUCCACCCAGGAAGCAAGAUCAGCUGCAAUAUUUGACGAACAAGCUGCAACACUUGAUGACAAGUCUUUUCUCACUGAGGCAGAAUCCAUAGCUAGCGAUGAACAGUCAAAGUUUAGCCAUGCGACUGAUCGUCUGCGGCGGCGGCCUCAGCCUAGUAGGAACAAACUCAAGGCCCGGCGGAUGAGUCAGCCAACGCUCCUUCUAAAUGCUAUCCAUGGACAGGCUCGGACGCUAUAUUCACAACCACAACAUGGGAAACCUGACCUAGCCUACGCCAGCCCCCGUGUGAGAGGGGCUCGUGGAGUACUUCGAAAGAGCUUCAACCGUCGCAACCAAGUAUUAGAUCAUACUAUCGAUCUAGAGAAAAUGCCAAUAUCCCUCUAUACUAUUCUAGCUCGAUACCUCCGAAACCGGACAUUAUCCCCGUGGGGAAAAUCUGAACAUCGAUUCACCGAUCGCGAGGUCGCUGUCUUGCAAUCGCAGAGCUAUUCUCCCCACAACGUCGAACGGUGGGCAUCCUGUCUACUCACCAGGGACUCGUAUGUUGCUGCAAGGAUAUUUCAGCCUGGAAAUCCCAACCCGCCCUUUUUCCUGCUAACCCUUUUCCUGUUCCGCAAGCACAUGACCGCAUACGCUCUAGGGGUAGUCGCAAGACAUAUCGCGUUAAGGUUGCAGCUCGGUCAUCUCGAUUGGUUGUCGGUUAAGCUUCUUGUUAUACGGUUCCUUCGCCACGCCCGGAUGAUAUGGUCUGAAGCCAUCCCUUGGAUAGCUUCCAUCUUCACCACACAGGCUACCAGAAUUUACGACAAGAUGGGAGGCAAUGGGAACCUCUCCCCAGAAAUAAAGUCCGACCUAACUCACUUCUGUAACUCCUUUUUGUCCCUCCUUGCCCUUCCUACCAGCCAUCACCCGGUCCUCUCUACCCACUAUCAGCAGAGGGCACAAUUCCAAGUACUGAGGUUUAUGGCCAACCGUUCUCCCGCGCUGAUCGUCACCAGAGUUGGCUUUAGGGCAGUGACCAGAGUUCAUCUCGCUCAACGCAAGACACCCCAGGAGCAGGAAUGGGCAGUGCUGAAGGGCGCCUCAUGGCCGCCAUGGAAGGAAAAUCGGACAGCUAUGGAUGAAGAGAAGAAUUUCGAGUUUGGGAGCUCUCGAGCAUCGAAGAUCAUUCAACGCAUGUAUGAGGCCGGAUACCCAGGUGACAAAUUUGAAGAGGCUGCCGAAGUCUAUGCCGGAUGGGACAUAGAUCAGAGUCCUACCAUUCAAACACGGACGUCUUUUCCUGGAGUGUCAACGCAUUACGGAAGUAGUAGAAGGUUUCGUUACUUCCUUUGGGCGGCUCGUAUCAGGGCGACGCGAACAAAGAGGGAGGCCUGGGCUUGUUUCCUUGCUUACGAAGCUUCGAAAGUUCCCGCACGUCAAGAGGUGUAUCAUGCCAUGUUCGAGAAGCUCGUUCACCCAGAGUUGCAAGAUGCACCGACCAGUUCCCAUCACGUCCGAGCUCUCCCUGACACGCAGCUUGACAAUCAACUUCUUCCAGGCGAUAUAAAGGAAGUCUUCCCAGAGCCUACGUCGCCUUUAGACCUAAUCUACAUUAGCGAGCCUAUACCAUCAUAUGAGCAACUGUUCCAUCGAAUGGCGGGAACAAAAAUCAGACCCACCAACCGAUUCUUGGCGUUCCUUGUGGAGACGUCUUCGGAUUUCCACAUGAUAUUGAGCCUUUUGGAAUCUAACAAGGAUCAGUUUGACGGCGGGAUACAGGGCCUACUUGACGGCUCACACCUGGACGAGUCCUCCUUACAAACCCUUCCAGGGUAUUUUCUCGCGGCUUUCGUGGGCUUUCUGUGUCGGUUUGGUCGCUAUCCUCGAAACCCUUCUGUCAUUCCCGCUUUGCUGUCCCGGGAAGAACACGAGGAAAAACUCAAUACGGACCGCUCAUAUCUCAUCGACUAUGCUUACGCCCUUGUCCUUCGCUUCCCACCACGUUACAGACCCGUUUGGACGGCUUACAUGCAAAAGCUCAGUGGUCCAUGGCGCACUCACGCAAAUAAGCAGAAACCCCUCAUCAUCUACAAGAUCAUGUGCGAGCUAGUCGACAAGAUGCACGAAGUUGACCUCGAACUCGACGACGAGCAAUUCCGGCUCAUCUGCACUGCACUCCGCCAUGCAGCUCUCUGCGCCCUCCGAGGAUUCUUCUCUAGCACUGACACUAAUUUUGUCCUUUCUACCGGUCCACGCCAGAUCAGAACGCUUUUUCACACCCUAGUUAGCGCAAACAUCGAAACCUCUCAUUUCUUCCAGCCCACCCUAACUCCGAUCCCGAUCCCACCGCAUAUCCCCGGUCCAGCCGUCCUCCAUGCAUAUGUCCGCGCCCUCGGCGUCCUCUGCGAUUUCGAGGGCUUGUAUUCCUUCUCCAACUGGGCGUUCUGGAAUUCUGCGGAAGUCACGGUGCGCGCGAAUGCGCAGUCUGGAGGGCCGGUGCUGUGGCGCAGGACGUUGGUUGCGCUGAGGGCAGGCUUGGAUGGCGCGUUCAGAGAGGGAAUUAGAAAUGGAGAUAAAGAUGUGGCGCCUGAGGACCUGUGCGAGUUGGUUAGGACCCAGGUUCAGGGCGAGGAGGUUGAGGGGUAUAUUGGUGGGAAACGGAAGGGAGGGCUUUAG